GAGAAUUCUCAUAGCGUUCCACUCUGUCCGGGAAGAGGUCUGCGGUCUGCCCGACUGCACACGACACGUUCUUAGCUAGCGCGAGUUUGGCGGCUGCCGCAUGAGGCAUAUUAUUUGCCACCAGAGCGAUAUUUGCUGCCGGAGCGAUAUUUGCCGCCAGAGCGAUAUUUACUCCAAGUCCAUCGUUAUCAUAAAAACAACCAAACUGAUCGAUCAUACAUUGAUUUCCACACCACCAUGGUUUCACGCCCCUUCCUGCAGAAAAGCGCCAUCGCUAUCAGCAUCGCCAGCCUAUUCUACAAUAUCGCAGAAGGCAUCAUCUCCGUGUUCUUUGGUGCAGAAUCGUCCUCGCACUCUCUCAUCUUCUUUGGCAUUCAAUCGGUAAUCGAAGUGCUCUCGUCCUCACUCGUGGUUUGGAGAUUUAUGAACGGACUCAAAGCUGGUGAAGAAGAUGACAAUGGAUCUGAAGUCAGAAUGAGCAAAGACCUGAGGAUAGAGAGAAUAGCAACCUUGGCCAUAGGGAUUCUCCUCGCGAUGCUUGCCCUAGCAGCCGUAGGUACAUCCAUCGCCUCCCUCAUCGCCCAUGACCACCCCAGUCCAUCCAACGCAUCACUCAUCAUCGCUGCGAGUGCUGCCUUCAUCAUGUUCUUGUUCUGGGUACCGAAGCGCUACCUUGCAAAGGCGCUGAACUCCAGCACGAUGAAUGGCGAGGCACUUUGUACCUUGUCGUGCAUCCAGUUUAGCACUGCGCUGCUGAUUGGCUCCCUCGUAUACCGUGUCUGGCGCGGUGGGUGGUGGGUCGACUCCGCGACUGCCAUCAUGAUUGCUAUGCUUUUUGGUUGGGAGGGCUUUAAGAUGAUUAGGUGGGCAAGCAAUGAUAAAUUCAAUGGCAGCUGUUGUUGUGGACAGGGGGAACAGAAGGCAGAUAAACAAGUCAUGCCCGGAGUCAUCAUGAUGCAGCAGCCCAAUACAGCUCCCCAGCGCUGCUGUGGUGACUCCGGUUGUUGCAAGCCUUCACAAGAAAGUAGCGACAAAGUAUAGUGUGUUCAGAUCCCGUUUUCAAACCAGUUGGCACAGCCGCUGAAACGCCACUUUUUCAGCCUUUUCGAAUAUGUAGAAUCAAACAAUUGUUUCUCAACAACCACCGCUCCAAAUGCUAUGAUUCUUUGACGAUCUAUUUU